UGGAGUAUCGAGUCUCCCCUCCCCCCUAAUAGAAGCAAAACCAAACCAAGUCUUCCUCCCUCUUCUCGUUGCCUUCCACAAUUCUCUCUCACUUCUGAACCAACUCCAAACUUCUCUCUGUUCUAUUCCAUUCCCAUUUCCCAUUCGUCUUCUUUCCUUGUUUGAAGUUGGAAGUUGGAAUCUGGUCCAAGUCCAUGGGUUCUCUCUCCUUGCUCUCCCUGCUGUGGCUUGCGCUUCUCCCGCUCCGUCUGGACGCCCGUUUCGUGGUGGAGAAGAGCAGCAUCAGCGUUCUGUCUCCCAGCUCUCUGAAGUCGAAGCACGACGCUGCCAUAGCCAACUUUGGGAUUCCCGACUACGGUGGAUUUAUCGUCGGCUCUCUCUUCUAUCCUCAGAGAGGUGCUUUCGGGUGUCUCCCCUUUCAGGGCGACAGGCCUUUCAAGUCUAACACCCCUCGCCCUACCGUCCUUCUCCUCGAUCGUGGAGAUUGCUACUUUGCCUUGAAAGUAUGGAAUGCUCAACAGGCAGGAGCAGCUGUAGUUUUAGUAAUGGACAGUAUUGAGGAGUCUCUAAUAACAAUGGAUUCACCCGAAGACAGCACCGAAGCAGAUGCUUACAUUGAUAAAAUACGAAUCCCUUCUGCUUUCAUAGAGAAAUCCUUGGGGACUAGCCUGAAAGAGGCAGUGAGAAAUGGUGAAGACGUUGUGAUCAGAUUAGACUGGAGAGAGUCGGUUCCCCAUCCUGACAACCGAGUGGAGUAUGAGUUUUGGACCAACAGCAACGAUGAAUGUGGCACCCGGUGUGAUGAGCAGAUGGAUUUUGUGAAGAAUUUUAAGGGUCAUGCUCAGAUUCUUGAGAAGGGAGGUUACACUCAGUUCACACCACACUAUAUUACUUGGUACUGCCCGGAGGCGUUCAGAUUUAGCAACCAAUGCAAGUCCCAAUGYAUUAACCAUGGCAGGUACUGUGCACCAGAUCCAGAGCUGGAUUUUGGAGUUGGGUAUCAAGGGAGAGAUGUUGUGUAUGAAAAUCUCAGACAGCUUUGUGUGCAUCGAGUUUCCAACGAGACCAACCGCUCCUGGGUUUGGUGGGAUUUUGUUACAGAUUUUCACGUUAGAUGCUCCAUGAAGGAGAAGAGAUAUAGCAAACAAUGUGCUGAGGAUGUCAUGAAGUCUCUCAAUCUCCCAGUUGACAAGAUUAAUGAAUGCAUGGGCGAUCCUGAAGCUGAUAUGGACAAUCAGGUGCUAAAAAUUGAGCAAGAAAUGCAGAUUGGCCAUGGGUCUCGGGGUGAUGUUACAAUCUUACCCACAUUAGUGAUUAAUGACGUUCAGUACCGAGGGAAACUGGACAGAACUGCUGUGCUGAAGGCCAUCUGUUCAGGAUUCAAGGAAACUGAGGAACCUCCUAUUUGUUUAACUUCAGAUAUUGAAACUGAUGAAUGCCUUGAAAGGAACGGUGGUUGUUGGCAGCUCACACAACAGAACAUAACUGCAUGCAAGGAUACAUUUAGGGGACGAGUUUGUGAGUGCCCUGUUGUUAACGGUGUUCAGUAUAAAGGAGAUGGUUACACAUCUUGUGAAGCAUAUGGACCUGCAAGGUGCACGAUUAACAAUGGCGGUUGCUGGUCAGAAACUAAAGAUGGAUUAACUGCCACAGCUUGCUCAAAUUCAGAUAUAAGUGGUUGUAAGUGUCCAUCUGGAUUCAAAGGUGAUGGCCAAAAUUGCGAAGAUGUUGAUGAAUGCAAGGAGCGUCUUGCUUGUCAGUGCGAUGGCUGUAGCUGCAAGAACACUUGGGGUGGAUACCAAUGCAAGUGUAGUGGUAACAGAGUAUACAUGAAAGACCAAGAUACUUGUAUCGAAAAAAGUGGAUCAGGAGUUGGAAUGUUCCUGGUUUUUCUGGUGCUGGUAGUGGUUGUUGGAGCGGGAUUAGCCGGUUACGUGUUCUACAAAUAUAGGCUGCGGUCUUACAUGGAUUCGGAGAUUAUGUCGAUCAUGUCGCAGUACAUGCCAUUAGACAGCCAGAACAAGGUCGAAGCCCACAGUGAAUCUGAGCCGCUAAGACAAGGCACAGUGUAACGAGGCAGGUUGGAGAGAUGAAAAAGGAGUAACAGCAGAGAGAGAGAGGGCAGGAACAGGAUGGAGAAUUAUAGUGAUACAUAGAUUAUGAACUCGGCUCUUCUAGUCAUGGUAGCUUGGCUUGGCUUGUGGAGUUAUUUUUCUUAAGAUGACUAUGAUGUUUGUUGUAUGUAAAUACCAUUGUUGAGGGACGUGAAUGUAGAUUAAUAAAUCGAAAUUUAAUGAUGCAUUUAUGUAGUCGAGGCAGGCUACCAAGCAAACUCAAAAGGAUUGUAUGAGAAUGUAGUAAGGGAAUGGCAUAAAUUUGAAGUUGCAUUUCAACAUA